UUCUCUUCUUUGAUAUAAAAUAAAUAAAUAAAAAUCUAAAUCGGGAUGCCACUCUUUCACAAGAUAUUAACCGAAACGCGGAAUUUCGCAAUGCCUAUCGAUGCCCAUGGUUGCACGCCGAUACAAAUUUUGGCGCACGCGAAGCGCUGUUUCUCUUUCGAUUGAUGGUUUUCUGCUGGAAUUUUAGCAAAUAUAGUAUAGCAAAUUAAACAAAUAAUGAAGCUAAGUGCGGGUACACACUCGGAAACAGAUGGUGUGGAUGCCCUAUGCAAUGGAUCGUUCCAUGCUGAUGCUGAUAUAGCCACCGACGACGCGGCUGCGGGCAACGCCGCGUCCGUGGCAUCGGCAUUCCAGAUAACGGAGCAUCUAGAAACGGUAAAGGGGGUACAUAAAAGACGCAGCAUUAAACCCCAUGAUGGCGACCUGGAGCUCACCGAGAACGACUUGAAUGGCUCAUUGAGUCCGAAAAAUGCGCCAUCCGCCAUCAAACAACAGCAGCGUCUCUCCGCAUUGAACAGAAAGCGCGAUUUAAUUAAUUUGCAAUCGGCGCUGAGCCCCAAAUACAUUGGCUAUGCAAAUGCCAACUCCCCGACGCCAUUGUCCGACUCGGACGACACUGUGCGCACAACGCGUCGACGCGUCAAUCAAGCAGCCGCUCUCAACAACAACAACAACAGCAGCUGCGAAGUACAGCCCAGGGACAAUAACGAGGGAACAGAAUCACCAAAGACCGUGGAAGGGACACCGCUGCUAGAUCGCAGUGAGAGCAAAACCUACAUGAGCCCCAUCGAGAAGCUGCUACUCAAAAAUGGCGCUAGCUCGCCAAACAGCACAGGCUUUGAAACGGAUCCCGAAGACGUGGUACCACUAGCCGCCCGCUUAAAGCUGAAACGUAAACUGAAGCGGGCCGCUAAAACGAGUCCGCCGGCAGAGCAAACCCAGGUAGCAGCGACUGCAGAGAUGGAAGAACGGACAGAGGAACCGCCUGCGACUUUAGAGAUGGAGGAGCAGAAAGUAGAAGCAUCUUCAGAGGUGCAAAAUCAGACGGAGGAAGCAGCGAAUACAGUAAUGGAGGAACAGAAAGAAGAAUCGAAUUUGGAGAAGGAAGAGCCGCCCCAGGAAGCAUCUUCAGCUAUUGAAGAGCAAGAGGGAACAAGCGAUUUACAGCGAAAAGAACUCACUGAUGAUGCAGUCAUCGAAGACACCGUCUCCCUCAAUACGGAUGUAAAAUCUGAGUCGGAGUCUGAGUCUGGAAAUUCUUCCUGCGAUGUAAAUGAGCCAGAGGUCGGCAGCCCAAGGACUUCAUUAGGCAACGUACACGCACAAGAGCUGCCUGGCGAACCCGCCGAUACGAGUAUCAAAACCAUUGAUUCCACUGACGAACCGAACGACCCAGACUCUGAAUUGGCGUUCGCCCUGCCAGCGGCAGCAUCAACCGACAUGAAAUCCCCGCGAGAUCUGAGCCCGACGGCCUUUCGACAGCCAGAGGAGAACGGAUACGUUAAGUCGCCAUCGUCGGUGAGCCUGGACAGCGCCAAAGGUUUAUCCAUUGUCACCGAUCCGGGUUGGCCCACCUAUCAGGUGGGUGAUCUGUAUUGGGGCAAGGUCUUUUCCUACUGCUUCUGGCCGUGCAUGGUGUGCCCGGAUCCGUAUGGACAGAUUGUGGGCAACCUUCCAACCCAUCCACAGCGCACAUCCACGGACAACGCGCCCGUGCCCAUCCAGGUGCAUGUGCGCUUCUUUGCCGAUAACGGGCGCCGCAACUGGAUCAAGCCCGAGAACCUGCUGACCUUUGCCGGCCUCAAGGCAUUCGAGGAUCAACGCGAGGAGGUGCGUAUCAAGCAUGGCAACAGGAGCGGCAAGUACCGAACGAUGGUGCCCAAGCGCACGAAACUUGAGGUCUGGCAGCAGGCCAUCGAUGAAGCCCAACUAGUUGCUCAGGUGCCCUAUUCCGAUCGACUGGAGAAGUUCUAUAAGAUCUAUGAGAGCGUUGUAACCCUUAACAAACAGAAACGGAAACGUACCAACUCCAUGGCGCAGGACACUUCGGAUGUGGGUAGCAGCCUGUACGACUCCACGGACAACUUGCACUCCAAACCGCCCCUUCAGUUGUUGAGCGUGAAGCGAGAGCGCUCGGAGACGCCGACUAGUCCGGCCUUUUCGCCCGUCAAGAAGAGCCAGAUGCGAACCAAGCGGCGAAAGCUGAGCAAAGGAGCUGAGGCGGAGACUGGCGGCGACACCACACCAUCCCAGGUUGGGCUAAGCGCCGAGAAGAAUGCCACUCCUCAGAGUGCGGCGAGCGGCAUCUAUGAAAAUGCCGAAUUUCGUCAGCUAUUCGAUGCCGUCAAGGAAUAUGUGAUGGUCCAUCGGCACGACGAGAAAGUGGAAAAGGUUCUUCGGGCCGUUGUGGGCAAUAUCUGGUCACUGAAGCAGCUCCAAUUGCGCGAACUAGAGCGAGAGUUGGCUUGCGGGGAAAUCGAUCGGCCUCAGGAGCUUGGCUCGGCAGUCGUUGAUCGGGAACGCGGCUCCGGCACCACACAGCGGCUAUCCAAUCGCCUGAAAACGUUGGUGGAGCGACGAAGCCGUACGCCAGUUGUUACGCCCAGUGGUACGCCGACAUUCAUCACCACUAGUGGUGCGGCGAUGGCAACGGAUGGGCAUCUCUCAGAAAUUUCCAAGCCCAAAAAGCCAGUGAAUCGGCCCAUCGACGAGGUUGUCGACGAUAUAUUCCAGCUGGACAGCAAGUACCUCUUCCGGGGCCUCAACCGUGGCUCCGUCUGUAAAUAUUGCUUCAAACCCGGCUCAAAUCUGGUGCAGUGCUCGCGGACCUGCCACAGCUGGAUGCAUGCCGAUUGCCUGGAGAGCAAGAAUAAUGGACUGCCCAUAAGCAAAAAGGACGGAACGAAGCUAAAAGCGUUGGAAGGUGCAUUCUCAUCCACCUCGCCGUCGCCCGUUCCCGAAGCUGAACACAUAACUGGCGACGCUCCAGAUGCGUUAGCCACUAUCGCUACCCCUCCGCCUACCAUUGAGGUGAUCUGCCAUGAGUGCAAUAUUGAUGAAGAAGCAACCUGCUGCAUUUGUCGGCAAGUCUUGCCGCCCAGUUACCCCUCACCGUCACCCGGCUCGCCGCUGAAGGAGCCAAGCGAAGCAAAGGCACCCCAACCAGUGGACGGGACGAUGAUAAUGUGUGGCCAAAAUCUGUGCGGCAGGCAGUACCAUGCCGGAUGCUGCAAAUACUGGCCACAGGCGAUCGUCAGCAGCUCCCUAACACGCUGUCCCCUGCACGUGUGCCACACGUGCGUCUCGGACAAUCCUCGUAAAUUCUUGCCGGUGGGCAGCUCGAAACUAACCCGAUGCGUUAAAUGUCCAGCCUCGUAUCAUCAGGACUCGCGCUGCAUACCCGCCGGCAGUCGCAUGCUGACCACCACGAGCCUCAUCUGCCCCCGACACAAUGUGGCCAAGACCGAUGCCCAUUUGAAUGUGCUGUGGUGUUUCAUAUGCGUCAAGGGCGGGGAGCUGUUGUGCUGCGAGACCUGUCCCAUUGCCGUGCACUCUGGCUGUCGCGAUAUACCGAUCGAAAAGCAUGAGAACUACAUCUGCGAGGAGUGCGAGAGUGGACGGUUGCCGCUCUAUGGCGAGAUCGUCUGGGCAAAGUUUAACAACUUUCGAUGGUGGCCGGCCAUAAUUCUGCCACCCACCGAGAUACCCAACAACAUUCUAAAGAAGGCGCAUGGCGAAAGUGAGUUUGUGGUGCGAUUCUUUGGCACACACGAUCACGGCUGGAUACCACGUCGACGUGUCUAUCUGUAUAUCGAGGGCGAUAAUGGGGAGAAGCUGAAGCCCAAGUCUCAGCUGCACAGGAAAUUCUAUAAUGGUAUAGAGGAGGCCACGCGCUUUCUGAAAAUCACCAAGGCCAGGCGCCUUGAGCAGAUGGUGGCACGCGGCAACAAGAUAAAUCCACCACCAUAUGUGAAAAUCAAGAUCAAUAAGGCAGUGCCGCCCGUGAAGUUCGUGACCAAUCCGGAGGAGCAUAGCACAUGUGAUUGCCGGCCCGAGGAUGAGCAUCCGUGCGGCGCGAACUCCAACUGCCUCAAUCGGAUGCUGUUCAACGAGUGCCAUCCGGAGUACUGCCUUUGCGGCGACCGAUGCGAGAAUCGUAUGUUUGAGACCCGCAAAUCGCCGCGCAUGGAUGUGGUCUAUAUGAAUGACCGGGGUUUCGGACUGGUCUGUCGUGAGCCCAUCGCUGAGGGCGAUUUCGUCAUCGAGUAUGUGGGCGAGGUUAUUAAUCAGGAGGAGUUCCAGCGGCGCAUGCUCGAGAAGCAGACGGAUCGGCACGAGAACUUUUACUUCCUUGGUGUUGAGAAGGACUUCAUCAUCGAUGCCGGCCCAAAAGGAAAUCUGGCACGGUUCAUGAAUCAUUCGUGCGAGCCCAACUGCACAACACAGAAAUGGACUGUCAACUGCAACCAUCGUGUGGGACUCUUUGCCAUUAAAGACAUUCCAGCGGAAACGGAGCUGACGUUCAACUAUCUGUGGGAUGAUCUGCUGAAUGACAAAAAGAAAGCCUGCCACUGUGGCUCGGAACGUUGCUCUGGGGAGAUAGGCGGCAAGCUCAAAGAUAAGACAUCCAAUUUAAAGCUGAAGCAACAGCAACGAAGCAAAAGCGCUGCCAUUCGCAUUCAUGUACCUCCGGCCAAAAGGGCAAAGAAGUCUUUACCCAAAGUCAAGCACGUGAGCGCCGACGAUGAGCCACAAGAGGCUAAAAAGGAGCAGUAAAACGGAAAGAAAAACGAGGAAGAGCGUAUUUUUUAUAUUUUUUUUGCUUUGUUUUUAGCAAUGUCCCAUUGCUUUUAUUGCUGGAUCCCAAUUGAUUAUGAAGAUAUAUAUAUUAUACUAUUUUUUAUUACGCGCAUAUUUAUUCCUCACAUGUUACGUUUAUCGAGAUAUCAGAUCAGACAAUUGUUCAAACAGUACAGUAAGCACACGCUUCAAUUGGUUAUCAUUUCAAAAUAAAACACGGAUGUGUAAUGUUUUUUAAGUGUUCUAUUUGUCUAAAAUAUAUAUAAAAUUAAAAAGGUUUAAUCAAUCAGUUCAGUAUAGUGUAGAUUAAUUUCUGUUCAAUUUUUUUGUUUCCUUUUAUGCAUGUAAAAUUAUGUAAAUGAAUUUGUUCAUAUAUAGAUUUCGUUGGUUGUUUUGUCGCUUAGCUACGGUUUAAAGCUGAGCACUUUGGCAUACAUACAUCAUACAUACAUAUAGAUAUAUAUAUAUAUAUAUGGUAUAACUCUCGUAUGACUAUAAAACUAGACAUAUUUUAGUCGUAAGAUCCUAGGAGUAUGCACUUUAAUCUUAAGUGGGGAUAUACAUACAUACACUAUACACACCACACCACACCACACACACGGUGGCAGCAAAAGAGACGUCGAGCGAGUCGAGUGUCAAAAA